CCCAUCAGGGUCCGCCCCUCCGCGCCGCCGCGCGCCGCUCUCCGCUCCCGCGCCGAGGAGUCCGGUGACCCCCACCGCCGCCCCCGGCCGGCCUCCCGCGCUCCCGCCGCCGGGACCCUCAGCUUCGGAGGAGCCGCCAGCUCCCGACCCCACGAAGAUGGCGAGGAGGAGCCGCCACCGCCUCCUGCUCCUCCUGCUGCGCUACCUGGUGGUCGCCCUGGACUAUCAUAAGGCCUAUGGAUUCUCUGCCUCAAAAGAUCAUCAAGUAGUCACGGCAAUAGAGUAUCAAGAGGCUAUUUUAGCCUGUAAAUACCCAAAGAAGACCGUUUCCUCCAGAUUGGAAUGGAAGAAGUUGGGGCGCGGUGUUUCCUUUGUCUACUACCAACAGGCUCUUCAAGGUGAUUUUAAAGAUCGAGCUGAGAUGAUAGAUUUCAGCAUACGGAUCAAAAAUGUUACAAGAAAUGAUGCCGGGAAAUAUCGCUGUGAAGUUAGUGCCCCAUCGGAACAAGGUCAAAACCUGGAGGAGGAUACGGUCACUCUGGAAGUAUUAGUGGCUCCGGCAGUCCCAUCAUGUGAAGUACCCAGUUCUGCUCUGCGUGGAACUGUGGUGGAGCUGCGAUGUCAGGACAAAGAAGGCAACCCAGCUCCUGAAUACACGUGGUUUAAGAACGGCGUCCCUCUGUUAGAGAAUCCAAAACUGGGCUCCCAGAUCACCAACAGCUCAUACACAAUGAAUCCAAAAUCUGGAACUCUGCAAUUUAAUACUGUUUCAAAACUGGACAGUGGAGAAUAUUCCUGCGAAGCCCGUAAUUCUGUUGGACAUCGCAGGUGUCCUGGGAAACGAAUGCAAGUAGAUGAUCUAAACAUAAGUGGCAUCAUAGCAGCUGUGGUCAUUGUGGCCUUAGUGAUUUCCGUCUGUGGCCUUGGCGUGUGCUACGCACAGCGGAAAGGCUACUUUUCAAAAGAAACAUCUUUCCAGAAGAGUAGUUCUGCAUCUAAAGCCACUACCAUGAGUGAAAAUGAUUUCAAGCACACAAAAUCCUUUAUAAUUUAAAAGAAUCCUACCUUGGCGAUACACCAAAACCACAGUUGUUGCACAAGUUAUUGAAAGAUUAUAAAACUCUGCUUUGUCUUACAUUUGCGAAGAGGUACAUGAGGAUAUGAAAUUGGUAUUGCAUUAUAAUCUGUAUGACUGCUAAAUCACUUAAAAUUUUUAUACAAAUAGUUCUGUGAGCACCUAAAAUACAAAUCUGGCUUCUUGUGUCUUGACAGAGGUACAGGAAUCAAAAUACUUUGUAAUAUUCUGGGGCUUUUGAAAUGUUAAAUAUCCUAACUUCUAGCAAAAGUUACUAAAAUGUAUCAUUCUGGUUGUGAAAUUAAUCCAAAGAGUAUGAAAAUAUCACCUACAUGCACCCUCUGUGAGAGUGUGAUUUAGAGGGUUCAGAAUACUCUGACAGACACAAAAGGAGCCUCUGGUCGCAUUCCUGCCAGAAUCCUCCUUUUCCUCUUAUCUAAUCCUUAUUCUGCUGCUUGUUUAUCACUGGUCUAGUCACAGAAUGGUGGCAGAAUGGGUCUCAUAACCCAAGGAUUUCACUCUGUGUGUACUUUCAUUUCUGAGAACCACAAGCAACAUGAAGAAAAAUACGUAAUACCAGAGCUCACUCACCUGGGUGUGUUCUUGAUUUCUUCAUUAAACAUCAUUUUGAGAGUCAAACACAAACCCAAGUGUCUUAUUUCACCCUCAGAGCUGGUUGUUGCCAUUUCCUUCCCCUAAGACUCCUUUGAAGGGGAUCAGUGACCUUGGCAUCAGAACUCGCCACUGGAGCCAAUGCACAUAACCCUGUCGAUACCUGUUGUUGGGUGAUGGUGACUUCACAUCUGUCUCUAAAAACCAAGCAGUGAAAUUUUGCAUUCGGCCAAGUGCCUUGCUGUUAUGGCCAGCCCUCUGCCAGUCCUUCUUAUGGCAAAGUCAGGGAUAUGGAGGGAGGAGUGGCUGUCUAACCAGUAAAAUGAGAUGAAACAGCUUGAGCUCCCUGUGGUUCUUGGCACCCAGUGCCACACUUGAUACAUAGAAGACACAGGAGAAAUUAAAUGAAAAAAUGGGUCUGAUCAUCUGGUUUCUCAACUGACAGAUCACGAAGACCUCCAGCUAGUGUUACAAAGUGAAAAUUCCAAUGAUCUGUGUAAUAGGAGAGCAGUUAGAUUGUGUUAAGAACAUAAUCAUCUAGAACUUAUUUUGGUUAUUCAACUCAUAUUGACAAAACAAUAUGGCUAGGGCGUUCCCAGUUCUGGGAAAAUCUAGAUGAAAAGGUUCCUCACUACCUUUGACAAUUUUGAACAUGGUUAAGCUGCUUUUGGACAACAGACCCUGGUGACUCAGAUGGUAAAGAAUCUGCCUGCAGUGCUGGAGAUCUGGGUUCAAUCUCUGGGUCGGGGAGAUCCCUGGAGAAGGGAAUGGCUACCCACUCCAGUAUUCUUGCCUGGAGAAUUCCAUGGACAAAGGAGCUACAGCCCAUGGGAUCCCAAAGAGUCGGACAUGGCUGAGCGACUCACACUUUCACUUUUCAAGCUGCUUUUAAAGGAGUCCACUCUUUUUGCCCAGCAUGUGCUAAGUUGCUUCAGUCGAGUCCAACUCUUUGAGACCCUAGCAAAUCCCUAGGAUUCACUGGACUGACGACUGGAUUAAGUACUCACCAAGAGCCGAAUAUAUGCCUGGACACGUCCCUAGUCUGUGACAUUCAGUGAUUCUCACCAGAAUUCUCACCCUCCCAACAUUUUCUGUGAAGGGCCAAGAAGUAGAUAGUUCAAACCAUACAAGGCCAUAUGGUCCCUGCUACAACUGCCUGGACGUACUCGGCUCUGCAAUUUUUCAUGCCAUUGGAGCAUGAGAGCAGCCAUAACAAUAAAUUUUUUAAAUGGUCUCAUUUGUUUAUUUCAUAAACAGUAAGCUAUUGAGGUUAGCAAUAUCAAUAACCUCAGAUACGCUAAUGGAAAAGAGUGACACCACUCUUAAGGCAGAAAGCAAAGAGGAACUAGAGUCUCUUUGAUGAAAGGGAAAGUGAAAAAGCUGGCUUAAAACUUAACAUUCAAAAAACAAAGAUCUUAGCAUCCUGUCCCAUCACUUCAUGGCAAAUAGAUGGGGAAACAAUGGAAACAGUGACAGACUUUACUUUCUUGAGCUCCAAACUCACUGCAGAUGGUGACUAAAGCCAUGAAAUUAAAAGACACUUGCUCCUUGGAAGAAGAGCUAUGACAAACCGAGACAGCAUAUUAAAAAGCAGAGACACCUUACUUUGCUGACAAAGGUCUGUCUAGUAAAAGCUAUGGUUUUUCCAUUAGUCAUGUAUGGAUGUGAGAAUUGGACCAUAAAGAAGGCGGACUGCCAAAGAAAUUGAUACUUUUGCACUGUGGUGUUGGAGAAGACUCUCGAGAGUCCCUUGGACUGCAAGGAAAUCAAACCAGUCAAUCCUAAAAGAAAUCAGCCCUGAAUAUUCAUUGGAAGGACUGAUGUUGAAGCUGAAGCUCCAAUACUUUGGCCACAUGAUGCGAAGAGCUGACUCAUUGGUAAAGACCCUGAUGCUGGGAAAGAUUGAAGGCAGGAGAAGGGACAACAGAGAUGGUUGGAUGGCAUCACUGACUUGAUGGACGUGAGUUCAGCAAGCUCUUGGAGUUGGUGAUGGACAGGGAGACCAGGUGUGCUGCAGUCCAUGGGGUUGCAGAGUUGGACACGACUGAGCCACUGAACUGACUGAAUGAUAAACAGCAAGCCGUCGGGAUCUGGCCGACAUGCAGAGUUUCCCAACUGCUGGUGGACAAGCAUUAAAAACAAAAGAUUUAUAAUUCUUAGAGCACUUUUUGUUUCCAUAAAGUAAAAUUGUGUUGUAUAAAGGUUAGGGCUCUAGAAUCUAACAGCAACUUUUGUUUUGUUUUACUUUUAUCAUUGACUGUUGUAACUAGAUUUAUUUUUAGUGGGGAGUUUAACCUAACUAAAUCUGGAACAAUUGUCUUUCAAUACAGCCUUGCAAAGAGCUUCCUUUAUUUCACAGUUGGUUUUGUCUGAUUAGAGUCUACAUUAAAAAUAGCAGAAUGUAAAAAAAAAAA